AUGAGCAUGUCCACGCCUUUUCCACACACUAGAUGUAGCAUUAAGUAAAUAGAAUGCAUUGAUUGUGUAUGGGAUGCGCUGGUGCUUGGUAACGUUAUGCUAUGACAUGAAUGCAGUGGACCAGCGGUGUUCUUCCAGGGACUGUUAGUUUUUCUAGAUAUUAUUAAGCUCAUGGUAGGCUCUUUAGCAUUAAAAGUGCACUAAUGAUGCACUACUCAAACUGGCUUAUUGGCGUAAAAGACAGGGCAAGCCUUCGAAAUGCAUGCAAAACACCACCUAACGUCGACUGGAACAACAGGGGAAAUGUUGUCGACAUGCAGAACAACAAUCCGCAGCCUAAUGAAAAGACAUCCGAGCUAGCGGUCGCCACCCACCUCUGGAAAAAAGGCUACAAAACAAUCAAGAAAAUCGGGGAGGGCACAUUUUCAGAGGUGGUGAAAACUCAGAGCCUGAAAGAUGGGAAGUUCUACGCAUGUAAAACCAUGAAGCAGACAAUUAACAGCUUGGAGCAAGCCAACAACCUGCGGGAAGUCCAGGCAAUGAAGAGACUGAGCCCGCAUGCAAAUAUCAUCCAGCUACAUGAACUGAUUUUUGACAAAGAAACUGGAACUGUGUCUUUGAUUUGUGAGCUGAUGGAGAUGAACAUCUAUGAGUUCAUACAAGGAAGAAAAACGCCACUGCCUGACAAUACAGUAAAGAACUACAUGUACCAGCUUUGCAAGUCACUUGAACAUAUGCACAGCUGUGGGAUCUUUCACAGAGAUGUGAAGCCAGAAAACAUUCUCAUCAAACAAAAUGGUCUGAAGCUUGGUGACUUCGGCUCAUGUCGGAGCGUGUAUUCCAAGCCCCCGCAUACAGAGUACAUCUCCACACGCUGGUACAGAGCCCCAGAGUGCCUCCUCACUGAUGGGUACUAUGGCUUAAAGAUGGACCUGUGGAGUGCUGGUUGUGUCUUCUUUGAGAUCAUGAGUUUGAAUCCUCUCUUCCCUGGAACCAAUGAGUUGGACCAGGUAGCCAAGAUCCAUGACGUGUUGGGGACACCGGAUGAAAGUAUCCUCCAAAAGUUCAAGCACAGGGUUAGAGCGAUGCAUUUCACCUUCCCCUCUAAAAAAGGCAGCGGUAUCUCACGGUUAGUCCCUCACUGCCCGGCUCCAGCUCUGUCGCUGCUCUAUCAGAUGCUCGCCUAUGACCCCGAUGAACGCAUCACUGCAGAAACAGCCCUGCGGCACACAUACUUUAGGGAAAUCAGGCUGGCAGAGAAGAAAGCCGAGACUCUUCACAGAGUUUCUGGGACUAUGGAUGGACUAGAUAGUAGUGGGUCGCACAACUCAUUAGACCACAUCUGGCGCCCAACCAGACUUGGCAAACAGCUGAGGGGAAGACACACAAGGCAAACCCCUUUAAUAAGCCACAACCUGAAGCAUGUAGCAGAGCCCCUCAUCCGACGGAACAUCCCUCAUUAUCCCACAGAGCUGCCCAAGCUCAACAUGGUUGUACCAGGACCACAGAUCUCCUUCCCAGUCUCCACCAUACCUGCAUUUACUGUCACUCACCGAGGCACACUGCCAACCAUCACGUCAAAGAAGUGCCAGUCACAGUUGGCCAAGCCCCGGGAUGAGUCACACCGCGCAGCUUUCAAGACCUACUACAUUCCACCUCUGGAUAGGAAACAUGGAGGCUACUGAGAGCCAAAAACCCUUUUGUUUGAUUAAAAAAUGCCCCUUAAAACAGGAUAGACCUGUUACUGUUAAACACAUUGUUGAGAGAAAAAAGGAUUGGAAAGGCCUGAUGUCAAAAUCUGUAACGUUAACAUGUUUGACAAAAAAAUGGCAUUGCCUGUCAUCUUACCAGUUAUGACUGCUGCAUCAAACAUUUUGUUUUGUUCAACCCUCACUGUAAUGAUGAAAUUCAAUGGGAUAUCUACACAAACAAUAUUUGAGUCUGUCAUAUUAUGUUGGAUUGAGAGUGCGUAGAGUAGUCAUGACCUCAGUUUUACUUGAUUUAGUCAGGUGUUACAUGUUUACAACUGUUUAGAAAUAUAUUUCAAUGGGAGUCUAUUACACAAGCAAUAAGAUAUGUUGGCAGCCAUUCAUCAUUGGUGAAAGAAAUAGUAUAACAUCGUUGAUGAGGACCAUAGUCAGCUUCCUAGAAAAUAAGGGCCGUUAAAGUCAUCACACCCCUUGGACUUGUUCUGGUUGUAUUAUUUUACAACUUUAAUUACAAUUGAUUAAAUAAGCUCCUUUUUUUAUACUGAUCAACCAAAAAUACUUUGUCAAAGUGAAUACAAAUGUCUACAAACUGAUGUGAAUGAAGUGCAACUAUAAGUAUAUAUACUGUAAGUAUUCUUCACCCUUUGCUGUGACACAUCUCACAUUUUAAAUAAGUAGAGUGAGAUCACAUAUAUGUAAUUGUGGUUUGACAAGUAGGGUAAAUCUGGAAGAUCCAACAGCUGGUUAGUCAAUGUCCUGGAAAACUAUAUCAUGAAGACGAGAAGAAAAAGAUUAAAAAGUCAAUCAUUCUGGGAUAGGAUACAAGAAAUUUGUAAACUACACUAGACUAUGUUAGUGUCCUGGAGCGGCCAAGUCAGAGUCCACACCUAAAUCCAAUCUAGAAUUUGUGGCAGGACUACACACAGUGACUAAUAAAUUAGCUCCAAUUAAAAGUUGUAGAGCAAUAAACAUGAAAAACUCCAAGGGCGGGGUUGAAUACUUUUUAUAGGCACUGUAUACUUGUUAUAGAGUCUCUUUUCAAUAGCUGUGAAUGAACUCCUCGAGACAAACUGACUUGUAGGGCGAUAGUCCUCCUGUGCAAAA